AUGAGCACAGCGGACCGACCCACGCAGUACCAACACGUGGAUCUAGCACGCCGGGUAGGAACGGCGAAGAAGAAUGGAUGGUGCGACCGGAACGGAAGCGGCGUGGUGUGGUUCGAUACCAAGACGAGUAUCCGGGUACACGACGUGGACAGUUCAACCUGGACGACUUCGAGGACGAUUACGACUCAGUCUUCUGUCUUCAUGACUGAGGAUGAUGAUGGUGAGCGCGCAGUGUCGUAUGACGAGGUGAUGAAGAGCAAGUACAGGAACGAGUGGUUGCGUGCAAUGGAGAGCGAAAUGGAGUCACUCGACAAUCACCAGACAUGGGAGCUG